AUGGAUCACGCAGUGGGCAAGCGCAGAGGUGGAGCUUACCUGGGGGUUUUUGUUAGGUAUAAAAGGCUUAGAUGGGUCAAUGCUAACCACAGCGCCUGGGACGUGGUGAGGGGAGCUCGCAGAGAGCGGAGAGCAGUGCCGGCCGUGGGGAGGAGAGCACCAACCCUCCUGGCCCUACUCAGCCUAACAGCAACUAUUUGUGAUGCCCAGGACACCUGCCCAGAGGUGAGAAUAGUGGGACUGGGUGAUGCUGACCGGCUUGCCGUUCUCCAAGGAUGCCCAGGGAUCCCAGGUGCCUCUGGCCCAAAAGGAGAACCAGGUCUCCCAGGAACAAAAGGAGAAAUGGGAUGCCAGGGACUCCCUGGGAAAGCAGGACCACCUGGUGCAAAAGGAGCAGCUGGAGAGCCUGGCUUCCCAGGACUGAAAGGUAAAUCAUGCUACCUGAGAGACUUUGAAAACAACUACUAUUUUGCCAAGUACGCUUCGUUCAGAGUUUUAGGAGAGUCUGAGAAAUACAAACUGGUUCUAGGAGACUUCCUUGGUGGAAACGCCGGAGACUCCUUAUCAUACCACAAGGACAUGCCAUUUUCAACAACAGACCAGGACAACGACAUGAGCUCCUUUAACUGUGCCACAGAAUACAAGGGAGCGUGGUGGUACAAUGACUGCCAUUACUCCAACCUGAAUGGGAUGUACUGGCUGGGUGUUCAUGGGAGCUAUGCUGAUGGCAUAAACUGGAAGACAGGCAAAGAAUACCAUUACUCCCAUAAGCGAACGGAAAUGAAAUUCAGGCCAGUUUAACACGGCAAGAGGGUGUCUGACUAGCACCAACAGGUGCCACCAACAGCCAAGAGAAGACACAAAACAAAUAUAAUGUUGUU